UAGCAAAAUGCCCAAGAAGAAAGUAGGAAAUAAGUGGUAUGGUAAGAAGCGUACCACUGUCGUGGACCCUGUAUCUAGAGAUAUAAAUGAUACCUUUCAAGAUGCAUCCCAAACGGAACAUUUAGUAGAGUCUUCAAAUGUAGAACAGUCACAGCCUGGUCCUUCAACAGUUAGCAAAAUGCCAAAAAAGAAGAUAGGAAAUAAGUGGUACAGUAAGAAGCGUAAUACUGUCGUGGACCCUGUAUCUCAAGAUAUAAAUGACACCUAUCAAGAUGCACCUCAAACGGAACAUUUAGUAGAAUCUUCAAAUGUAGAACAGCCACAGCCUGGGCCUUCAACAAUUGCAAGUACUUCAGAUCAAUAGCAAGAAUCAAACAUCUCGGUACGAGGGAAGAAAUGCAAAUGUAAAAUAAAUAUGGAUGAAUGCAAGCCAAAGCAGCAUACAGCAGUUCCCACUACUUCAUUACACGGUCAUGACUCCUCGCAGUUACUUACAUCUUUUAUUACAUCAGAUCAACAAACUGUUGCCCAUAACAGUACAGCAAUUCCUGUACAAUUAACAACAAAGGAGAAAAUGGAGAAAGGCAAAACACCAUUGAAAAGAUCUAAAAAAACAAACCAACCUCUGCAGUCAACAUCUAUAAUCAUACCUCAACAUCUAUCAAAAAACUCAACAAGUCAAUUAAACGACGGAGUUAUUCUUAACAAAACAGCCAGCACUACAACUGCACUCCCCAAUAAUCCCAUUGGCAUACCAGGCCCAACAGGACUCUCAAAUACAAGUAUUGUUACUCAACCCGUUGCAUCACAAAUGACAUGUAUUAGCAAUCCAGAGAUUGUUAUCCAUUCAUCAAAUAUGUGGCCAUCCAGGCAACAGGACGUCGACGGAAAUGCCUCUUUGCUAACAAAUAGUGCUCUUACACAGAUGGAAACUGAUAUAUUUUCACAACACAUUGAGCCAACGGAAACGUCAUCUUUACCUACUUUACAUCAACAAGAACAGAAUGAUGACAAUAUUACUAUGGCAAUACAAGACGAUGAACUCAAUGAAAUACUAGCUAACCUCGACAUAGACAAUAUGUUACAAGAUACCAACAAUAUAAUAGCCGAAAAUGUAACCGAACAUAUCAAUCGAAGAGGAAGUCAUUACAUGUCAGCAGCUGAGCAUUACACAAGUUUAUAUACAUUGGGAACUUUUACUUCUACUUGUUCUCAUUGUGGGGCUUUACACUUUUUCUGCGAAAGAAAUUCCAGAAAUAUUUACUCGCAAUGUUGUAAAACUGGUGCAGUACAUCUGCCUCCAUUCAAUCCAUACCCUGAACAAUUAAGGGUACUAUUUCAGAAUCGAGAAUUCAUGGAAAAUGUGCGUUAUUACAACAUUAGCUUUGCCUUUGCCAGCCUGGGUGUUAAUACUGUAAUCCCAGCUGGUCGAGGACCUUAUGUAUUCAAGCUACAAGGAGAAAUAAGACAUCAUAUCUCAAAUGUUUCGACUAAUAUUCCAAAUGAACGCAGACAAUAUGGCAAUUUAUAUUUUUUGGAUACUGAACUGGCAAAUCAACUUCGGUCUGCUGGCCCACAAAAUCGAGCAGAAUUAAAUCGAGAAAUCGUCGACCUCAUCUCUAAUUACUUGUACAAUCACAAUCCAUUUGCUCAAGCAUAUAGAUUUCUUAAGGAUGUCUAUCAAC